AUGUCGUCUCAUCAUCGCUCCGGUGGUCCACCUUCGUUGAUGGACGAUGUGCACGAUUUUGAUCGUAAUUUUCACUCACAUCGAUUUGAAGACAAUCGAGGCGGUUAUGGUCGAGGCGGUGGUGUUGGAAUGAGAGGCAGGGGUGGAGAAGGCGGUGGAAUGCGAGGAAGAGGAGGCCAUGAUGGUGGAUUUGGUCAUAGGGGCGGUUCACGUGGUGGACGUGGAGAUUUCCAUCAACAUGAUCGCUUCAAUAACAACCACAACCAGUUCAAUCGACCGAACGACGAUCAACGUAGUGGUCAAUCGAAAGUGCCCAGCCUGUUUGAUGUCGAACAACAACAGCCAUCAAGACCGUUCGAUCGUGAUUUUAAUCGUGGUGGUGGUGGAGGACGAGGAAGAAUGCCAUAUCCACGUGGAGGUGGUGCUAGUCGGCGUGAUUCAUUCCCUGAUGAUCGAAAUCGUUCAUUAGGAAACAAGCCAACUAUGGGUGAAGGUCCACCUUCAUUGCUAGAUUUUGGUAGUGAAAAAGCAGCACUGCCAUCCAAUGCUAGUAAUAAUUCUCUGCCUUCACUCUUAUCCGUCCAAGUUGAAAGUUCAGACACGCCUCCUACAGGGUCUGACAUGAACAAAUCAUCAGAUACUCAUAACGAACAUCAUCAUCAUGGUGACGAUAAUUCUAGUAUACGAUCAGAUCACUCAUCUCACCGUGAUAACCAAGGUCGAUAUCGUGAUCGAGACUCACAGCGACCGGGUCGGGGUGGCUUUGAUCGGUCAUCGUCGUUUAACAGAGAUCGUUCACGUUCACCACGUGAUCGACAUAGCCACUCACGAGAUGAUCAUUCAUUUGGAGAUGAUCAUCGUCGCAAUGGUGGAAGAGGUGGACGAGGUGGUGGUAACGAUCAUUUCGGUCGUGGUGGUCGGGGUGCUGGUCACCAUAACAAUUCACGUGAACCACAUCAGUCACGUUUUGGUCCUGAUAAUAACCAACCGCCACGGCAUGAUCGUCGAGAAGGCGGACGUGGAGGUAACAGAGGUGGCUUUCAUGAUCGUCAGCGAGACAUGAAUCCCCAUCAUCAUCAUCAUCAUCAUUCUAGUGAACAGUUACCACCAGAUAAUCAUCCAUUUAACAGAAAUGGACGACCAAAUUAUGACGGAGCACUAUCUCAAAAUCGACCUUUUCAAGAAAGUUUUCAACACGGAAACUAUGAUCCAAUGGGACCGCCUCAACAAAAUCGUCCCAGUCUACUCCCACCAGCAGUAUCGAAUCGACCAGAUUUCUAUCCUCCAAACUCAAAUAAUUCAUCCUAUUCACAACCUCAUACGCGUAGCGACGGUCGCCCAAGUCGAUUCAGUGAUCGACAGGAUGACUAUGAUGAUAAUCAACCUCUUACAAAACCAAAUUUCUCUCUCCCAAACGUUACCGUUACAACUGCACCACUUUAUUUUAAUCAACCAACUAACCCCACAUUUAGUCAAGCACGCCCACCGAUGAUGUCAACAUUUUCUUCGCAACAAGGAGUGCCUCCUCAAGCUCAACAACCACCGCCAUUCGGUUGGGGUAAUCAACAACAACAACAACAACAACCACCACCACCACAACAAGGAGGGCCCAAUACCUAUAUGAAUCAAGCAUUAGCAUCUAUCGCUGCAAGUAGUCAAUCAAAUCCAAAUAUGCCCACAGCUCAAUCAUCUAAUCCUUUCUAUGGCAAUAAUAACGAUUUUCAUCGGCAGCCGCUUCCUCCAUCUGCGAACCAACACUAUCCAGGUAUGCCUCAUCCUUCUCAAACAGGUGGAAAACCAUCUAUUGCAAAUACUCAGUCCAAUCCUUCUUUAGCUCCGCCUCAGUCACAAAUGCCACCAUCAACAGCCGGGGCAAAUCCAGCAGCGAAUGCUAACAAUGCCGAAGCUUGGCAACAGUACUAUCAACAAUAUUGGCAAUAUAUGCAGCAGCAGCAACAACAGCAGCAGCAGCAGCAAACAGGUGUUCAACCACCAACUACCCUAACUAAUACUCCUCAACAAUUUCCACAAGGACUAGCAGUAAACUCAUCUUCUGCAACUAGCAAUACUCAAGAUGCUGCGUCGAGCCAGGCGAAUACCAACGCGUGGACUCAAUACUGGAUGCAGUGCCAAGCAUAUAUGCAACAGCAGCAGCAGCAACAACAACAACAGCAGUCACAAUCUCAGAACCCAUCUACAACAACUCCAGCGACAAUCACCGCUCCAUCGCAGCUUUACUCUCAAAGCGCGGGAAAACAACAAGCUUCAUUAUCCAAUUCCGCAUCGAACGCGAACUCAUUAUCUGGUACUCCUGUAUCGAAUUGGCAAACAUGGUUCAAUCCCAAAGGAUGA